AAGACAAUUCUCUCUCUCUCUCUCUCUCUCUCUCUCUCUAUCCAUCUCUCUCACACACACUAAAAACACACAUUUUUGCUUUAUUUUUUGCAGGCAAGGGUUAAUUCAUGUCCACACCCUCUUCCUUCCACUUAUCCUCAUCACCCCUAAUCAUAAACCUCACCACACCCACCCUAUUUCACUCUAAUUCAUCUUAGUACAAAUUGUUAAAAGGGGAGUCUCUAAACAACAAUUGUCAAGGGGGAGUCUGUUGAUGUAUAUUUUAUAUCGUAAGUGAUCAAAGAAAUUAUAAUGGAGUUUGACGAACACGAAGAGGAGCAAGAGGAAGUUGGAGCUCAAGCGAUCGGGAACUCGGGGAGAAAAAUCGGUGGAUAUAGGUAUAGAGAGUGUUUGAAGAACCACGCGUUAAGCGUUGGCGGACACGCACUAGACGGAUGUGGAGAGUUUAUGGCAGCCGGUGAAGAUGGUACUUUAGACGCACUAAAGUGCGCCGCAUGUAGUUGUCACCGCAACUUUCACCGUAAAGAAACAAACAUCCAACAACAACAACAAUGUCACCAACCGCACCAACAAGCGGUACAACACCAGUAUAUCCACCCACCCCCUUACUACCACCACCACGACCGACCGCCCGGAUACUUAAACAUAGCUCCGUCUCCGUACUUUCACCAUCAGCGGCCGCUAGCUCUGCCGUCUACAUCUAGAGAAGAUCUGGAUGAGAUCUCAAACCCUAGCUCUAGCGGCGGUGGUGGUGGGGGUGGAGGUGGAGGUAGCAGUUCGAAAAAGCGGUUUCGAACGAAAUUUACACAAGAACAGAAAGAUCAGAUGCUGGCGUUUUCGGAGAGAUUAGGGUGGCGGAUUCAGAAACAUGAUGAGGCUGUCGUACAACAGUUUUGUGCGGAAACUGGUGUUAAAAGACAUGUUCUUAAGGUUUGGAUGCAUAAUAACAAGCACACAAUUGGUAAGAAACCCUAAUUUUUCAAUACACUGGUUGAUGUUGAAAAGUUGGAAUUUUAAUAUGUGUGAUCUCAAGUUAAUUAAUGGUAUGUUGGUUUGGACAAAUUAUUAACAUGUGAUUAUCUAUCUUUUUUCUUGGACUUG